ACGCGCUUGUGACGUGUUUCCGGUGUUCUCGCCGAGGAAAAUGGCUGCGCCCCAGCCGCAGGCUGCGGCGGUUUCCUCUGCUGCCGGUGUGUCAGGUCCGGGUUCUGCCGGUGGUCCGGGUCCCCAGCCACAGUCGCAACCGACACAACUGGUGGGCUCUGCCCAGAGCGGGCUUCUGCAGCAGCAGCAACAGGACUUCGAUCCUGUGCAGCGCUACAAGAUGCUCAUUCCACAACUGAAGGAGAGUCUCCAGACUUUGAUGAAGGUUGCAGCCCAGAAUCUGAUUCAGAACACUAACAUUGACAAUGGACAGAAUUGCAGUGACGGACCCAUACAGCGCUUUGACAAGUGUCUGGAGGAGUUUUAUGCACUCUGUGAUCAGCUGGAACUCUGCUUGCGCCUGGCCCACGAGUGCCUUUCACAGAGCUGUGACAGCGCCAAACACUCUCCAACACUGGUUCCCACAGCCACAAAGCCGGAUGCAGUGCAGCCAGACAGCCUGCCCUACCCACAGUACCUGGCUGUCAUCAAAGCCCAGAUUACCUGUGCCAAAGACAUUCACACUGCCCUGCUGGACUGUGCCAACAAGGUCACUGGCAAGACUACUGCACCCUCAACUGGCCCUGGGGGCAGCCUCUGAAGUCUGGCGGGAGGGGCAGAGAAUGAAGUAUGGCCUGAGGCAAAA